AUACUACAGAUUCGUUUAAAGUCAUUCAAGUCGGAUACCUUGCGUUUUCAAUUUUCUGAACAAUUUUUGAAAUGAUAGAGUUUACACAAGAUAUGGAAAAUAUCACAUUAAGUCCAACAAUGACGACGAAAUUGAAAAAUCGAGACAUGGUGAAUAAAAUUAGACACGGGUCACCAAAGUUGCAAGAGAUUCUUAGAGAGAGGUGUCGGCAGAAAAUGCGAGAGAAACGGGGACAAUUGUUUAACAGAGGUAGAUUCGGUUUAGAAAUCAACUCGAGAAAUGUACAAGAUACGUUGAACGAUAUUGUACGAAAUGAAUUGAGUGAUAUCGCUGCUACAAAUUUAGAUCUAGACGUGAAUCCUUUUUCUCAUGAACCUCUUAAUCCGGAAGAAGCACUAGAACUUGAAAGUGAAAUUCUUGAUGAAGAAGAACAAUGGAUUUUGCAAGAGUAUGAAAGAAUGUCACAAGAAGAAUUAGAAUUCCUAGCAUUAACAGCAGAUAGUGAAUUUCAAGAAGUUAUUUGUCCAAUGUGUCAAAGAUCUAAUCUAACAGAAAACAUAAAUCAAAUAAUUUGUAAUUCUUGCAACUUUAUGUUAAACAAUAUCAGUUUGAAAAACUUGGGGAAUCUAAUAAAUAAGUGUGUAAAUUCUCAUUCUGUAAAGUGUAACGAGUCACCUGGUUUCUUACCACUUUCAGAGAAAAAUAUGUGUCUAUUUCUGGUUUGUGAUAAGUGUUCAACUUUUACACCAAUAAUAUAA